AUGGCACCUCACAGAGAAAAUGAGUCGGGCGUGCCCACCUACUGGGGCAAGUCCGGUAGGAUGUUGCAAGUCCUCAUCACCAUCGUUGCCACCACAGACUUUCUUCUUUUCGGCUAUGACCAAGGUGUCAUGUCUGGUAUCGUCUCCGCCCCCGCAUUCGUCGCAGCUUUUCCCCAGGUUGAGGGUGAUCCCACCUACGAGGGUUUCGUCGUCGCCAUCUACGCUGUCGGUUGCUUCCUCGGUGCCUGCUUCAUCUUUGCGUUCGGAGAUAGGCUUGGUCGUCGCAACUCCAUCUUCCUCGGUGCCUCGGUCAUGAUUAUCGGUGUUAUCAUUCAAAUCGCAUCCGUUCCUCCCAACGGAGGCGCAACUGCGCAGUUAAUCAUCGGACGAUGUAUCACCGGAAUCGGUAACGGUAUCAACACUUCGACCAUUCCCACCUAUCAGGCAGAGUGCUGCCGUGCAAAGAACCGUGGAAAGGUCAUUUGCAUUGAAGGUGGUAACGUCGCCAUUGGCACGUUGAUCGCUUACUGGAUUGAUUACGGAUGUCUAUACGGGCCUGACGACUUCACCUGGCGAUUCCCCAUUGCUUUCCAAGUCGUCUUCGCUGUUAUUGUCCUCAUCAUGAUGACCCAGCUACCUGAGUCGCCCAGGUGGCUUCUUACCCACCAUCGCGAGGAAGAAGCUACUACUGUCAUGGCUGCUUUGAACGGUCUUCCCCGCGAAAACCCCGAGGUUCUCGUUCAGAUGGGCAUCAUCAAGGACGCCAUCCGCCUGUCUGGUGGCGGCGGCAAGACCAAGUUCUCGGCUGUCCUUACCAACGGCAAGUCUCAGCAUCUCCGCCGUAUGCUUCUGGGUGCUUCCUCCCAGAUGAUGCAGCAGCUUUCUGGUUGCAACGCUGUCAUCUACUACUUCCCAAUCCUGUUCCAGAACGCUCUCGGCACUACUCACAACUUGGCUCUGCUCCUUGGUGGUAUCAACAUGGUUGUUUACUCCAUCUUCGCUACCACAUCAUGGUUCCUCGUUGAGCGUGUCGGUCGUCGUAAGCUCUUCUUGAUCGGCACGGUUGGACAGUGUCUGUCCAUGAUCCUCGUCUUCGGUUGCCUGAUGCCCGGUACUUCCUCCGCUGCCAAGGGUGCCGCUGUUGGUCUCUUCACCUACAUUGCCUUCUUCGGCGCUACCUGGCUGCCUCUGCCUUGGUUGUACCCCGCUGAGAUCAACCCUAUCAAGACUCGUGCGAAGGCCAACGCCACCUCCACCAUUUCCAACUGGCUCUGGAACUUUUUCAUUGUCAUGAUCACACCAGUUCUGAUCUCCAGCAUCAGUGCCUACACCUACCUAUUCUUUGCUAUUCUCAACGCCAUGUUCUUUCCCGUCAUCUACUUCUUGUACCCAGAGACCUCUGGUCGCUCCCUCGAGGAGAUCGACCUCAUCUUCGCCAAGGGUUACCUAGAGAACAAGAGCUACGUUUUGGCUGCGAAGGAGCUUCCCACCAUGGACGAAUCGGAAAUCUCCCGCUACAACCGCGAGUAUGGCAUGGACGAGUCCGACGAGGAGAGUGGCUCCGGCGGCGACUACAACGAAAAGAAGAGCAGUGAGAAGCAGAAUGGCAGGCAGGAGGAGAUGCUUCCCGGUAAUGCCAGGCUUCCUCAGUAA